AAGAUCAAAACAGGAAUGCUGUCCAGCUCCUGGUGUUUGUUCUUGUUUCAGGAUGCUGAGGUGGAUCUCUAUGUGGGUGUGGCCAGGUGUCUGUCUGAGAUGUCUGACACGGAGAUUGACAGGAUCGUUCAGGUGUCAGAGGCUCAGGUGGAAAAAGCCUGCUUCGUCCUGGCAUUCCUCACCUCUCAGGGCAGACUUCCGCUGCUCAGCCUCAAUGAUGUCAUCACCGGUGUGCUCUGUGGUUGGUCAAGCUGCAGACUGGGCUGGAUCCUCUUGCAGGCCUUUUACCAGUGUCGGCUGACUGCUGGCACCAGUACAGGUGUCUCCAAGCGCAUGGAGUGGCUGCUGGAGCUGAUGGGACACAUCCGGAACAUCGCCUAUGGAGCGACUUCCAUCAGAUCUGGAGACACUAAGAAGGCCACUGACUUCCUGUUCCAGCUCUUUGCUGCUGCUGUCAUCUCCUGGGGUGACCACUUCAUGCCCCUUCUCUUUGGCAUCAGGCCCCAAUGGUUCCCAUGGCAACCAGAUUCCAAGCCUCCAGCACUAGAGCAUGGUUUGUAUGGGUCACUUUCACUCAGCGAGCUCGCUCUGCCACAGUGCAUGCUGGGAGUGUCACACAGCCUGCCGCUGCUGCUAGGCAAAGAGCCAUGGAGCAGCCAGACACACAAGUUUAUCGACUGGCUCCUCAGCAUAACAGAAGGUCCUGAAGAGAAUCUGUCAGUCAUCAUCAUCAGCACAGCCAGAGCUGCUCUCCUGGGUCUGAAGUCGUCCACUGAGUUCAAGAAGAAAGCCGUGUGGACCAGAGCAUACAGCUGGUAGUUCAGAGGAUCCAUGGUGGGGUGUUACCAUGGUGACAUUUGUACACAACAUCAUCUCUCCUACUUGGUGAAAAAAACUUGAGUGGAAACUGCUACUGUUGCUCUAUGGUUAGUCAGAAACAUGUUUUCAUUAAACUGCUGCAAAAA